AUGCCACAUCGCAAGGUGCACGUACGAACGCAUCACCACCGCUAUUGCACGCACCGCUCGGCCCGUCACUCUUUACCACUUUCCCGCCGGAAGCAUCGGUUGAGCCGUCGAGACGGGUUUCCAGGCAACUCGUCGUCGGAAGAACCCCCUCGUCCUCGUCACGACCCUCCGCCAUCGGGUCACCGACCGACUCUCGCCGCCAGCCCAUGUCCAUCGACAGCAACCCGGCAGCCGGCAAACGACGCGAUCCAUCGUCGCCAUAUCGAAAACCGUCACCCACUCGAGCUCUCCCGCGGCCCUUCCUUGGACCGUCCAUCGUUCCCGCCACGGGCCCAUCGUGAGACCAUCGACAACCUUCACCGACCCGUUUCGACGCCCACGACCGCCGCCAUGGGUCAGAGCUUCAUCCACCGCAUCCAGGCGAAGCUCGAGCUUUUCCGCCUCGAGAAGCGCUACACGCAGCGCCGCCAUCGCCGCUCCGCAUUCGUCUCCAACGCCGUGUACGUCGACGGCGAGUACAUCUACCAGACGCCGAACAGCACCGGUUCCUACACCGACUUCAACGGAAACCGCAUCGACGCCCUGCACGGCGAAAAGGCGGUGGCCGUCUCUGCCGCCAAGCACACCGCCAUCAUGGCCGCGACGCCUGCCUCGACGGCCAUCCCCGCGUCGGACUCCAAGAGGGUGCAUCGUUUCGGCGAAAUGCCGGGCAUCGGUGACUCCUUCGGCAGCUUCGGCAAGGACGAGCAGCAUGUCGCCGAGCCCCGCGUGAGGGUGACGAGGUGA